GUUAUAUAAGGAUUGAUCAUCCAGGAGAAUACUACAUCAACCUCAUCCAUUCUCCAGAUAUUUAAUCGUUUGGCUGGAAAACAUCCCAUAUAAAACUCAAACUAUACUAUUUCACUACGUUCUUGUUUUCUUAUUGUCUCCUUGUUACCACCCCUUGCUUCUCUAAAUUGAAUCUUUUCGUCAGCACUUUAUUUUCCCACUUUCUUGCUGUUCAAUUAUGUCUACCCUGACGCAUGCAAACCUUUGCAUUGACUGUUCGCUUGGUUUCUCUAUCACUAACAGAAGCAAACCAAGUAAAUUAUGGCAUUUGGCUUUUUCUAAGAUAUAUUGUUCCAGAACCUUACAAUCUCUCGCCAAAAAAGCUACUCUCAAGAGAAAAGCAAGUAAAAUUUCUCCAUCUCCAUCUUUCAUUCUAGUUAACGUUAAUCCAGACAAUGGCAACUUCAAGCUUCAUCAGGCAACCCUAACUGAACUUGUGAAAAUGAAAAAUCUUGACAAACUUCGAAAUUACGGUGGAAUUGCUGGUGUUGCAUCUGCUAUUGAAACCGACAUAGAAAGAGGCAUCGAAGGCAAUGCUCAGGACAUCGCUUGCCGUCAUGAAGCAUUCGGCUUCAACAAGUAUAAGAAACCGCCAACUAAGAGUUUCUUCUACUUUGUUGUAGAAGCUUUUAAGGAUCUAACAAUUGCCAUUCUUUUAGGCUGUGCAACACUUUCUCUUGGAUUUGGUAUCAAAGAGCAUGGCCUUAAAGAAGGCUGGUAUGAUGGUGGCAGCAUAUUUGUUGCUGUUUUCCUUGUCAUAGCCGUCUCUGUCGUAAGCAAUUACAGACAAAAUAGACAAUUUGACAAGUUGUCCAAGGUCAGCAAUAACAUCCAAAUUGAUGUUGUGAGACAUGGUCGGAGGCAACAGGUUUCCAUCUUUGAACUUCUUGUCGGAGACGUCGUUUGUUUAAAGAUUGGAGACCAGGUUCCUGCUGACGGAUUGUUCAUAGACGGGCAUGCCUUGCAAAUAGAUGAAUCCAGCAUGACAGGGGAGAGCGAUCACGUCGAAGUUAAUGCUGGUCAAAAUCCAUUCUUGUUCUCCGGCACCAAGGUUGCUGAUGGCUAUGGUAGGAUGCUCGUUACAUCUGUUGGCAUGAACACAACAUGGGGAGAAAUGAUGAGCCAUAUCAGCCGCGACACAAAUGAGCAGACACCUUUGCAGGCUAGACUUAAUAAGCUCACCUCAUCAAUAGGUAAGGUUGGUCUGGCAGUUGCGUUCCUCGUUCUUGUAGUUUUAUUGGUACGUUACUUCACUGGAAACACACAAGAUGAGAAUGGAAACAGGGAGUUCAAUGGCAGCAAGACAAAGGCGGAUGAUAUAGUAAAUGGUGUAGUGGGAAUUGUAGCAGCUGCCGUUACUAUUGUAGUUGUUGCAAUUCCAGAAGGAUUGCCCUUGGCUGUCACACUCACUCUAGCUUAUUCAAUGAAGAAAAUGAUGGCUGAUCAAGCAAUGGUGAGGAAACUCUCCGCGUGUGAGACUAUGGGAUCUGCUACCACAAUUUGUACAGAUAAAACCGGUACUCUCACAAUGAACCUGAUGAAGGUAACAAGAUUUUGGCUAGGCCAAGAGUCGAUGAAACAGAGAACUUCCUCUUCAGUUUCCUCGAAUGUACUUGAAUUGAUCAAACAAGGGAUUGCCUUCAAUACAACUGGAAGUGUCUACAGAGAAAAUCCAGGAUCACAGUUUGAGUUCUCAGGUAGUCCCACAGAAAAAGCAGUUCUUUCUUGGGCAGUCUUGGAAUUGGAAAUGGAUAUGGAAGAACAGAAGCAGAGUUGUAGUAUCCUCCAUGUUGAAGCCUUCAAUUCACAAAAGAAAAGAAGUGGAGUCCUGAUAAGGAAGAAGUUGGAUAACACACUCCAUGUUCAUUGGAAAGGAGCUGCAGAGAUGAUACUAGCAUUGUGCUCAAGCUUCUAUGAUGCUUCUGGAAUCUUGAAGGACUUAGAUGAUCAUGAGAGGAACAUAUUCAAGCAAAUUAUUCUAGAUAUGGCAGCUAGCAGCCUCCGUUGCAUCGCUUUUGCACAUACACCAAUAUCAUCAGAGCAAUAUGAAGUUGAAAUACAAGAUGAGAAACUCAAAGCAAACAGUUUGACCCUAUUAGGACUUGUGGGAAUCAAGGAUCCAUGUCGACCAGGGGUGAAAAAAGCUGUCGAAGAUUGCCAACAUGCUGGAGUGGACAUUAAGAUGAUCACAGGUGACAAUGUCUUCACAGGAAGAGCUAUAGCCAUUGAAUGUGGCAUUCUUAAGCCUGGUGAGGAUAUAUCGAGUGGAGCUAUAAUAGAAGGAGAAGAAUUUCGCAACUAUACAGAAGAGGAAAGACUGGAAAAAGUUGAAAAGAUACGUGUGAUGGCAAGGUCUUCUCCUUUUGACAAGCUUCUCAUGGUACAGUGCCUAAAGCGAAAAGGCCAAGUGGUGGCAGUCACUGGUGAUGGCACUAAUGAUGCACCAGCAUUGAAAGAAGCAGAUAUUGGGCUGUCUAUGGGUAUUCAGGGCACUGAAGUUGCCAAGGAAAGCUCUGAUAUUGUCAUUUUGGAUGAUAAUUUUUCUUCUGUGGCCACAGUUCUGAGGUGGGGAAGAUGUGUCUACAGCAACAUACAGAAAUUUAUUCAAUUCCAGCUCACUGUCAAUGUUGCUGCGCUCGUUAUAAAUUUCGUUGCAGCAGUUUCAGCCGGUGAAGUCCCAUUAACAGCAGUCCAGUUACUGUGGGUGAAUCUAAUCAUGGACACACUUGGUGCUCUAGCUCUUGCCACGGAACAGCCCUCCAAAGAGCUGAUGGAUAAGCCACCCAUUGGCCGAACUGAGCCAUUGAUCACCAACAUAAUGUGGAGGAACCUAUUAGCUCAAGCUUUAUAUCAGAUAACUGUCCUCUUGACACUACAGUUCAAGGGUAAAUCCAUGUUUGAUGUGAAUGAGAAGGUAAAUGACACCUUGAUCUUCAACACUUUUGUUUUAUGCCAAGUGUUUAAUGAAUUCAAUGCAAGGAAGCUGGAAAAGAAGAAUGUCUUCGAAGGGAUACAUAAGAACAGGUUGUUCCUGGGAAUCAUUGGCAUAACCAUUAUCCUUCAGGUGCUGAUGGUGGAGUUUAUGAAGAAAUUUGCAGAUACAGAGAGGUUGAAUUGGGUUCAAUGGGGCGCAUGCAUUGGCAUGGCAGCCAUCUCCUGGCCAAUUGGUUGGUCUAUCAAGAGUCUACCUGUUCCAGACAAACCAAUAUUCAGCUAUAUCAAGUGGUGGAAGUAGAAUUUCUAUGAUGCAAAAAGAUUUCUUCCUUCUUCGUAGGUUUAAUAAACGAGGGAACUACUUAUUAUAUCCAGUUGCAAGUAAAUUUUAUUAACAAAAAAUUCUUUUUGUAAACUCUGCAUCAUAUGCAAUUGUUUGUUAUAUCAAUCAAUCAAAAGAAUUCUU